UUCGCUGACGUCCUUCCUGUUUCACCGUAACAGCACGUGUACGGUGUACAGUUUUGAGCUGAAGGGAUAACUAGCAGCUAAACUUCAGCUCUUAGUAACCUUCUUGUGGUCUCUAAUUUUGAUUUGUCUGGGAAGGCUUUGUCGAUUAAGCGGUCAAAAUGGUGAAACCUCGGUUCAAGGGGAAAAGCUCGAUAAACCCCUCGUCGUCCAGCAGCAACCCUGAUCGAGCGAAUGGUGCUGGUGGGAACAAUAUGAGGGACCGAUCCACUAUCAAGCGUCUGAAUAUGUACAGACAAAAGCAGAGAUGUAAUAACCGUGGAAAAGUCAUCAAACCUUUACAGUACCAGUCCACAGUGGCUCCAGGGACUGUAGCCAGAGUUGAACCCAACAUCAAAUGGUUUGCAAAUACCCGUGUGAUCAAGCAGUCUUCACUCCAGAAGUUCCAGGAAGAGAUGGGAGCAGUACAGAAGGAUCCAUAUCGUGUAGUGAUGAAACAAAGCAAACUACCCAUGUCCCUCUUGCAUGAUAGAGUGAAAGCCCAUAACUCCAAGGUGCACAUUCUAGACACAGAGGGUUUUGAGAUUACAUUUGGGCCCAAGGCUCAGAGGAAGAAGCCUAGUCUCAUGGUGGAGGAUGUGAAGGACCUCGUAGAACAAGCUGAGGCCUCAGCCUUGAGCUACAAUGCAGACAAUGACAAAGACCUGAUGACAGAGGACACAGGGGUCCGAGAGGAAGCACGUGAGGAAAUCUUCAAAAAGGGUCAGUCCAAGAGGAUCUGGGGAGAACUUUACAAGGUGAUUGACUCAUCUGAUGUCGUCAUCCAAGUGCUGGAUGCCCGUGAUCCCAUGGGAACACGCUCUAAGAGCAUAGAGACAUACAUGAAGAAGGAGAAACCCUGGAAACAUCUGAUCUUUGUUCUAAACAAGUGUGACCUCAUUCCCACCUGGGUCACGAAACGGUGGGUAGCUGUUUUGUCCCAAGAAUACCCCACUCUGGCUUUCCAUGCCAGCCUCACCAACUCAUUUGGUAAGGGAUCCCUCAUCCAGCUGCUCAGGCAGUUUGGCAAGCUCCACACAGACAAGAAACAGAUAAGUGUGGGUUUCAUUGGCUACCCUAAUGUGGGAAAGAGCUCAGUCAUCAACACACUGAGGUCUAAGAAGGUCUGCAAUGUGGCUCCCCUUGCCGGGGAAACGAAGGUGUGGCAGUACAUAACUUUGAUGAGGCGCAUCUUCCUCAUUGACUGUCCUGGUGUCGUCUACCCUUCAGAAGACAGUGAAUCUGAUAUUGUCUUGAAAGGAGUGGUUCAAGUGGAGAAGAUCAGGAAUCCAGAGGAGCACAUUGGGGCAGUACUGGAGCGCGCCAAGCCAGAAUACAUUCAGAAGACCUACCGCAUCCCCACUUGGAACUCUGCUGAAGACUUUCUUGAGAAGCUGGCAUUUCGCACUGGGAAACUUUUGAAGGGCGGUGAACCAGAUCUUUCCACGGUCUCCAAAAUGGUGCUGAAUGAUUGGCAGAGAGGACGUAUCCCCUUCUUUGUGAAACCCCCUGGACCUGAGGGUGAUCACGAGGACAAGGAGCAAUUGGCAGUUGGAGGACCCUCAGAGGUUGUUGAGAAUGUACAGGAGGAACAGCCAGACAAGCCGGACGCCAUCUCAGAGGAACAUGAGGAACAGCAGCAGCGUCAGCAGAGACAGAAGGAGCAGGUCCAGAAGAUUCUGGCCAAUGUGCGACAGAACUUUGGAAAGAUCAACGUGGCACCUGAGUUCAGUGAGGAAGACUUGGUUGCUGUGGAGAUGCCUGACCUGGAUAUAGCUGACUUCUCUGGCUCUGAUGGCGAGGAAGGCAGUGAGGAAGAGGAGGGUGGAGAGGAAGACGGGACCAGUGUUGAUGCAGCUGAUGGAGAGACUAAGUCCUCAAAGUCCACAACCUCUCAGACUGGCAAGGCAAACGCUAACAAGAGUUCUCGUGAAGUGAUUCGUGAGCUGGAUGAGAAGAUCUCAAAGUACAAGCAGUUCCUGGACAGAGCCAAAUCCAAACGUUUCUCUGCAAUCCGGAUACCUAAGGCACUUUCUGACAAAGCGUUCACAGACCUCAAGACUAAACAAGCGGCAGCAGCUAAGCAAGCAGAGGAGAAAGCUGCAAACCAGAGGAGCAAGAAGAGGAAAGUUCAGGGAGACGAGGAGUCCACCCAGCCGCGCAGACUGACAUCUAAACAGAGAAGAGCGAUGGACCGUGCCAAGAAAGCUAAGAAAGUUGGUGUACGUUAUUACGAAACACACAAUGUGAAGAACAAGAACAAGAACAGAAAGGCCCCAGCAUCAGCCACAGAAGGCCAAAAGGCCAAAAGAUCAAAGCACUAGACUGGAGUCAUAAAACAAAACAUAUGUAACAAAUCCUUAUUUAAAUUAGCCAAAAAAUGUCAUGUUUUUAUUGAAAAUGUAAAGUUGACAGAAGGUGGAAUGCUAACUACAUGUUAAAUGGUCUUAAUCAAGUGGCCUUAUCUUGACUUUCCUUCAGGGAAGUGACUGUUUGUAUCUUGCCUUUCCAACUUUAUUUUUCCUUCAACCUAGAAUUGUUUUUGAAUGAUAUUUCAUUCAUCAUUUACAGGUGUAAUGCUCUCUUGAUGUUCAAGAGAAAUGUACAGUAAUUGUUAGAACUGUACUUGUCAUGUCAUGCUGUUUGGAAAAAUAAAAUGGUUGCUAAUAA